UCUUGCUCCUCUUGGCUCACGGCUCCUAUCUUUUUUAUUGUCAUUAUCCGUGCCGCCCAUCUGACACGGCCUAUUUAGCCAUCUAUAGCCACGGCAUCCUUGCGCCUCAAGUCGUGUGCAUGUCUGAUUCUCUGUUCUGCAGUGCCAAGAGGUCACUAACGGUUGACCUGAGGUCCUGGUCUCCCUCUCAAUUCUGAACCACAUGAUCGUAGUGUCUCUUUGCUGCAUGUUUAGAUGAGGACGAUGCAUGGAGCAAUCCACUGAUCAAUUCUCCAGCUCCAAAUUCCUAAAGAUCUUGCUCCUCUCGGCUGACGGCGGCUCGGAUCGGAUCGGACGUAGAGAAGACGUUGCAGCCGCGGUUUCGUCCCCCUCCCCCUCCCCCUCCCGGCGUCCCCUACUAAAAUAACCGCGCCAACGCUGCCGGCUUGAUUUGCUGCCUCCUCUGGCCGGAAUGGCGCGGGCUCACAGCCACUACUACCGUCUUCUCGUCCUCCUCCUCCUCCUGCUCCCCGCCGCCACGGGAGCGCCGUACUCCUCGCUCUGCCACUCCCCCGCGGCCGCCAAAGAUGUCCCCUUCGACCACUCCCACGGCGGAACAACGCCCGCUCUCCCUUGGACCUCCACCGGCCACUUCUCCGGCGGCGGCGACCUCCACUUCGCCGCCGGCCGGUCCUACGCCCGCGCUUUCUCGUUCCACCCCCGCGACGGCUCCGCCAGCGCCACCGCCGACUCCGCCGUCACCCGCCUCUCCGCCACGCUCACCCUCGAGGGGUCCCGCCUCACCCGGCGCCACGGCAACCGCCCCCACUCCGUCUCCUUCGACCUCGACGGCUACUACUCCACCGCCGCCGCCGCCACCGCGGAGCUCUGCAUGGUGGGGUCCGGUUCCUACGCGAGGGAGGACGGCUCCGGCGUCGUCGUCCUCUCCGACGUCGUGCUCCGCCUGACCGUGCCGCGCCCGUCCAACCUCUCCGCGCCCUUCGUCACGGGCCGCCUCGGGGGCGUCGACUUCAACCCCGUCGCCCUCGUCGCCUACGCCGAGGAUGACUACGCGUACGGCGAGGCCGCAUCCUGCCCGCCGGCGCCGCCGCUGGAUGGCGCGCGGCGGGUGCUCCGCGCGGGGUUCUCGUGCCGCCUCCUCAGGGCUCUGCUCGGCAGAGGCUCCUACGGCCUGGAGUACAGGCAGCCCGGUGGGCGCGGGGCGAGCGGCUUCCCGCUGCGGCUGCGCCACCGGAGCAUGUACAUCAACCAGAUGAGCUGCGCCGCCGCCGACGGCGCCGUGCGCGCGUACAUGGUGUUCUACGCCGACCAACCGGCCGCCUUCCCAUCCAACGACACGGCACGGUGGGGGCGUGAGCGCGGCUUCUUGGUCGGGGACGAGGCGCUCGUCGCCGACGGGUUCUGGGACUCGUCUCGGAGCCGGCUCUGCCUGAAGGCGUGCCGGGUGGCGAGCUCGGGCCAGUCCGGCGCGGACCUCGCCGUCCGCGAGUGCGGGAUCGGGGCCAGCUUCUGGUUCCCGGCCGUGUGGUCGCUCCGCGACCGGAGCGUCGUCGCCGGGAUGAUCUGGAACGCGAGCGGCAGCAUCAACGGUGACGCAGCGGCCGUGAUCUCGGUGUCCAGAACCGGGGGCUACGCCUACCAGGUUGCCGGCAUCAAGUACAACUACACCCGGGUGGAGGAGGCCAAGCAGCACCACGACUCCAUGCCGGCGUUGAGCAAGGAGAGGAAUGGCAGGUUCCCCGGCAACUCCUCGUUCCGGGACUUCGCGUUCGGUUUCUCCCUGAAGAAGCGAGGACUCACCGGGUACGCCUGGCCGGUCGCGAUCGGCUCGGCCUUGGUCGAAGGAGACGGGCUGGUCGCCGACGCGGCUUUCGCAGCAGAGGAGGUGAACAGGAAGAGACUGGUGAACGUCAGCUACAGUUUGCGAUACUAUGCUCCAACUGCCUACGGGGAUUCGUCUGCGAAUUCGCCGCAGCUGCGGCGCAUCUCGGCCGAAGGCGUCUACGAUACCAGGGCAGGAUCCCUGUGCAUGGUGGCCUGCCAAGCGAUCAACGUCAAGUCGCCGGAGUCGGACUGCGAGGUGCUCGUCACCGUCCAGUUCGCUCCGAUGGACGCCGUGGCGAGGGAGCGCGCCGUGGGGAUGAUUAGCAGCCUGAGAAAGCCGGGCGACGACCCUCUCUUCUUCGAGGCGCUGGACUUCGCCGGCGACGGGAUGUACGUGGAGCGGUUGGCGGAGUCGGUGUCCAGGAUGGACAUGGAGAGCAUCAUGCAGGUGGCCUCCAUGGCGCUGUCCUGCGUGUUCACGGCCCUGCAGCUGCGCCACGUGAAGAAGCACCCGGAGGCGCUGCCGGCCAUGUCGGUCACCGCGCUCGUCGUCCUGGCGAUUGGCUACGUGAUCCCGCUCGUGCUCAACCUCGAGGACACCUACAGCAGGGACAGCCGCAGCCGCAGGCAGUUCGUCAAGCUGACCGGCGGCGGGCUGCUGGAGCUGAACGCGCUCGUGCUGCGGGCAAGCACCGUGCUGGCCCUCGUCCUGCAGCUGCGCCUCCUCCAGCUCGCCCUGUCGUCGCGGCGGUCGUCGGCGGAUCAAGCGGGAAGCAAGCGCGAGGGCUCGUCGCCGUCGUCAUCGUCAUCCGACGCCGACGCCGACGCCGAGAGGAGCACGCUCUGGGUAUGCCUGCCGCUGUACGCCCUCGGCGCCGCCGUGGUCUGGAUCGUCCACACGAGCGACGGCCCCCCGGGUCUUUCGGCGCCGCCGGGGCCGCGGCUGGUGGACGACCUCGCGGCCUACGCGGGCCUGGUCCUGGACGCGUUCCUGCUGCCCCAGGUCGUCCGGAACGCGCUCUCGGGCUCCAGGGUGAGGGCGCUCUCGCCGUGGUUCUACGCCGGCGGCGCCGCAGUCCGCGCGGCGCCGCACGCAUACGACGCGUUCCGGAGGCGGACCUACGUGCCGAGCCUGAGGCCGUCGUUCGCGUACGCGGGCCCCCGCGACGACCUCUUCGGCGUCGGGUGGGACGUGGCCGUACCGUGCGGGGCGGCGGUGCUCGCCGCGCUGCUCUUCUUGCAGCAGCGGCUUGGGGGCGCGUUCCUGUGUGGAUCGAAGAGCCGAGGGGCAGGAGAAUACGAGAUGGUCUCCACUAGGUCCUAGUUGGCAAUUGUGCAACUGUCGUACUCUUAAGAGCGUAUCUAAGAGUCUUUUUAAAUUUUACUUUUAAAAUUAUUAUUUGGAGAGUCAUGUACAUAAAAAUCACUCUCUAUACAUUUUCACUCUCCAAUAGUUUUUCUAUAUCUUGUUUUCACUCUUGAUAGCCAUUUUCGCUAUCUAUCUUUGAAUAGCAAGAAAUCCGGAAUAGAUGAUGACUAUAUUUGGAUAACUAGAGAGGCUUUUGGAGUUUUUUUCAUCAAAAUCUCUAUUUCUAACAAUUAGGAUGAAUAUAAAGACUCUCUUGGA